UCUAAACCACUCGAGGCGACCACAGUCACAUAACAUCAAUUUCACCGACGUUAUCGGAAAAGUCACAAAAGACCGUCACAGACACAGUAAGAAGAUCGUCAACGAAAUAGUGAAUUUUCUUUUUAUCGUCCUUGCCCGUCAAUGUAAACUUUAAAAUUUCUGACCGCCUUCCGGAAGACCCAGAAGACAGCUUCCAUACGCCUCUGGUCAUAGUGAAGAGUUUGUAAUAUAAUGAAAGCACUGAGUUACAACAGUUGUAACUCCUUGAUGAAAGCAACACAGCGACAUAAGGCUACUGACAGUAUAUAAGGUCUCAUGACAUCAAUUUCACCGAAGUUAGCGAAAAAGUCACAAAAGACCGUCACAGACACAGUAAGAAGAUCGUCAACGAAAUCUUGAAAAUUUUUUAACAGCCUUGCCUGUCAAUGUAAACUUUGACGUUUCUGACCGCCUUCCGGAAGACCCAGAAGACAGCUUCCAUACGCCUCUGGACUCUUAAUGAAGAGUUUGUAAUAUGAUGAAAACAACAUACCGUCAUUAGGCUACUGACAGUAUUAGGUCAAAUGAAGAGUUGGAAUAUGAUGAAAACAACACAGCGCCACAAGGCUACUGACAGUAUUAGGUGAAGUAUGACAUCCCCUCAGCCUUGUUGCCUGUGCAUAGUGGUCUAACAUGCAAAUUAAUUAGGGUCGUUUUCCGUAUUAGACGGUGAUUGGAAGAUCUGAGUGAUAAAUGAUUUUCGGGCAUCAUUUGCGCCUGGCUCAGCAUCAGGUCAACUGAGUGACUGGUAAAACAGCCUCCCGGACAUUGGAUCUACGUAAAACCACAGUUUGAACUUAUUAAAAUAAGUUACAUCUACCGAUCCACGUUGCCGCUGUGUGAAGCCUUACUCCAGAAUAUAUUCUCACACAGGCUAACAAGUGUGCGGUGUAGAAAAGGAUGGGACCUACCAGUAAGACUACCCUCACGGUGCUCACUAUUAGUAUAUUAUCGAGGAUCGCAAACUGUGGACCUAGACGGCCACCUCCCCCUGAAUUGUAUCAUGAACAAUGGCGACCUCAAUAUCACUUCACCGCUCCCAAAAACUUCAUGAACGACCCUUGUGGACUAAUCGCAUACGAUGGGAUUUAUCACUUGUUUUAUGGAUAUGAUCCAGCUGGUAAGGGACCUACAUUGUACAGUAGCUGGGGGCAUGCAGUGAGCACGGAUUUGCUUCAUUGGGAGAUUUGGCCACUCGCCAUACCCGAACAGGCUGGAAUCUUGGCUUUUAGCGGCAGUGCGGUGAUGGAUUUUCAAAAUACCACUGGGUUUUCCACCGACAGAGCCACUGCCAUGGUUAUCAUUUUCACUGGACAAGUCGCGACCUUCAUCGAAUCGGAUCAGCGACUUGCCUAUAGUUUGGACGGCGGGAUAACAUGGACGUUGUAUGACAAGAAUCCAGUUCUGAGAACUGGAAAAAGCCACUUCCGAGACCCGAAAGUAAUGUGGCAUAAACCAUCAGACCGCUGGCUAAUGGUGGUUGCACAAGCAAUGGGGCAAAGAGCAGUACAGUUUUAUUCUUCCCCAGAUCUGAAAAAUUGGACAUACUUGAGUCAGAAAGGCCCAGAAGGACUGAUAUUUAACAAAGAAUGGGAGACACCAAAUUUCGUUGAACUAAAAGUGCAAGGUGAAAAUAUAUCGAAGUGGGUUUUGCCGUCCAUGACUGGAGCUUACUCACGGCCUCGUCGCACUGUAAUGUAUUGGACUGGGGAAUUUGACGGGAAAAAGUUUACUGCUGACCAAACCAAGGCCAAAAUUUUAGACUUUGGUCCCGACUUCACCGCCAUUCAGACGUGGACUAAUUAUAUGGACGAUCGAGUGUUGAUUACAGGGUGGAUGUGCGUAUGGGAAUCAUGUAGAAGUCAUCCAACGCGACCUUGGCAGGGGGCCCAGUCCUUAACCCGCGUGCUGUCACUGGAGAGGGAAAAGGGAGAACUUCUUCUUGUACAAAAACCGAUCAAAGAAGUCGAGAAAUUGAGGACUGGGGUUGUCUGGGAAUUUAAUAACACCACCAUUGCGUCUAUAAAUGACACACUGUUGUCCAAAAAAGUAAAGGGGCGAUUGCUUGAAAUCAUCGUUCAACUCAAACCCAAACCAAAGACACAAAAAGUGGGCUUUAAACUCAUGGUUGGUGAAAGGGAACACACGGUUGUUGGAUACAACCACAUAAAACGCCACGUUUUCAUAGAUAGAUCCAAGAGCGGCCAUAUUACCAAGAAUAUGGGAGUUUUCUACGAUGCAAACGUCACCCUGCAGGCGGGCUCGCUUAAACUGCAUAUGUUUCUUGACUGGUCAUCCGUGGAACUAUUCGCCAAUGACGGACGACAAGUGAUCACCACGCUCAUUUUUCCAAAGAGUAAAACCAGUGAUGGCCUUCGCGCUUUCUGUGAAGGAGACGAUGUUGAGGUUGCCAGCAUGACGGUGUAUCAGUUAAAAACGACGUGGGAUAAAUAUUGGACUGGUAACAGAAAGUCGAAAACUCCAUCAUCGAAAGUUACUGAUUCUACUCUUCUCGCUAAAGUCAAGGCAAAAUUUGCUUCUAGAAGAUUCUUCAGAUUUGACUGUUCUUUUCUCUGUGGCGUGCAUUCGGUUGUUGGUAUAGUCGGCUCAUUGCAAACGCAUGUUAUUCUCUUAGUAUGCACUUGUUACGCAUUUCUGAUAUUGUUGAUAUUCAAAAUAUUAGAGAGGAUACCUGUUGCUGCUAUUUUACGGCGCCACGUCAAAAUAGGUGUCACCCAAAAAUAGGCAUGCUUUAUCUUGUCAGUCUAAAAUUUCGUUUAAAAUUAUUUGAGUGAUCGUUAAUUAGAAACGGCUCAAACGGGCAUAGAAACCAAAUAUUUUAUACUGCCCAGGGUACACUGACAUUACAUGGAGAAGGAAUCCAAUGUUGUGUUCCCAUAUUGCUUUGAACGGUCAGUGUUGUAUGAUGUAGAACAUUAAUUUAAAGGCUGGGAGCCUUGUGUAUCAGCAGUAUGGACGUUAGAAAUAAUCCGGGCACUUGUCGUCUAGAAUCUCAUCUCGGGUUUUCUCAAUCAAAUUAUCCUAUACCUGUGAUAUAUUUUCAUGGCACAAUGAUAUUUUUUUGUAUUUUUGUUCUGUAUAUAUUUCAAAAUCAUUUGCCACUGUGGUGAAAAUAGCCAUUCACAUGGCCAAGUAAGAGUCCUGUAACGAUGGGUGCAUCUGAAAUUUCGGGGGAAAUAGGACAAAAAUUAUCCUAGCAGCAUUAAAAAAAACGCCAAAAGAGAAUAUGAGAUAAAUUUUAAUUUUGUUUCAAACCUGUUUAAAGGCGGCGCAUUAUUUUAAUGACCGAUAUUCGAUUCUCUGGAUCAUGUUACUGUAACAAAACAUUCAUUUCUUUGUUUGUUUGUUUACUGCAGUAUUGAAGCUAAGUAUUGUAUUUAAAAGUCUUUUUUUUAUCUGGCAUUUACUUUUUGUCUUCUCUAGAUUUGUUUUGCCCUAAAUUACUAGUAUACAUCUAAAACAAUCGGCACAAAUAGGCCAUAAUCUGAAACGCGUAGGGUGAUCAUUUCAAUGAUUGUGUACCCCAUGUUGGUGGGGAGGUGAGCUGAUAAAAAAAAAAUAACGUUAAAAAUUUCGCCGCCGGUAUACAAAAUUACCUUCCACAAAAGUAAACUCAAUAAAAUCAGUCUUCAGUUUCAAA